CACCACAGAAUCCUCUCUCUCCCUCUCCUACGCCCAGAAACGACAUCAACGCAGCAGAGUACGAAGUCGUUUUGCUGCUCGAAGUUCCCACUGCUACUGGCCCUUCACCCCGCCGAGGCAGCAACCCCUUCUCUCUGUCUCGGUGCCGGCGUCGGAGCUGCGGAGGAAGGAACGAGAAUGGCGUCGGAGAUGGAAGAAUUGAUUGACUUCCUAUCCUCUCCUUCUCCUCCCGUGAAGAAGGCGGCCGUUGACAUUGUUCGUGGAUUAACUGGGUCUGAAGAUGGGCUGCAGUCCCUUGAGGCUCAUUCGGAGAUCCUCCUACCAUCAUUGGUUCGACUUUUAAGCGAAAACAAGGAGGUUUCUGAGCCAGCAUCUGAAGCUCUUGUUAAUUUGUCCCAAAAUUCAAAUAUGGCUGCGAGGAUGGUUUCUCUAGGAGUGGUGAACACAACAAUGGAUAUUUUGUAUAAACCCGACUCCUCCAUUACUAAGUUAUUGAUUAUGCUCCUGGUCAAUCUCACACAGUUGGAUGCCGGUGUUGCUUCCUUGCUACAGACUAAAGAAGAGAAGGUGCAAGGACUAUAUCUAAUGAAGCUUGUAAGGUCAUUCUGCAGGUCCACUAACGAUGUAAGAGAUGACCCAUUUGAGCACGUUGCUUCCAUCCUUGUCAAUGUGUCCAAGUCCGAAGCAGGAAGGAAAAUCUUGCUGGAUCCUAAGCGAGCACUGCUCAAACAAAUCAUUAGGCAGUUCGAUUCAAGCAAUCCAAUAAGAAAAAAAGGGGUCUCUGGAACCAUUCGGAACUGCUGCUUUGAAGCUGAGAGUCAACUGCAAAAUUUGCUUCUGAUAUCAGAGUUUCUUUGGCCAGCUCUUCUUCUCCCUGUUGCAGGUAACAAGCUAUAUAAUGAGCAAGACACAUCAAAGAUGCCGCUCGAGCUUGGUGCUGCUCUCUCCAUCGAGCGGGAACCUGUUAAUGAUCCUGAAAUUCGGGUCCAGACACUAGAGGCGAUUUACUUGAUUGCAUUACAGGAAGCUGGAAGAAGGGCAUUGUGGUCAGUUAACGGACCAAGGAUACUACAAAUAGGAUAUGAAGACGAGGAGGAUCCAAAAGUUAUGGAAGCAUACGAGCGUGUUGGCGCUUUGAUCGUUCACGGCAGCGGGACAGAGGAACUGUCAACUGAAAUUGCCAAGUAACCAUGUAUUUUCCUGAUUCGUAUACAGAAUGACCAAAGUCUGCCUUCUUGGAGAGAACUUCAAUGGUUCAGAUUACUACAUAUAUUCUGAUUAAUGGUGUCAUUAUCAUACAUAAAAGUUUUUCAUGCUUAUAUGUCUUUUUUGUUUCCGCUUUUGACCGUAGAGUAAUAGAGUUAAAUGAGACCACGCUCAAUUAAUGCAA